CGGAAGAACUAGAUGGACUGCAGUUCUCUGGCGUAACACAGCGCUAGGCGCUGCCACUUUUCACUCUGAUCAGAGAGACGGGCAAGCAUUAAGGGAACGGAGGAGGCGUGGCAUGGGUGUGACUAGAACCUAGCUCCUUCCCCGACCCAGAACUGGGCUACGGAGCUAAGGCGGGAUGGCGCUGGCAAGGUCCCCGGCUGAGAUCUUAUGGAAGAGCAGCAACUUCGUUAUGGCCGUAUUCUUUGCAUUGGCGGCCUACGUGCAGAUAAAUGACCCAGAUGCAGAACUGUGGAUGGUUGUAUAUAUGAUACCUGCUAUCCUUACUCUACUUGUGGGAUUUAAUCCUCUGAUCACAGGUAAUUUUAUCUGGAAGAAUCUUACCAAGCUGUACUUAUGCCUUUGUACUUUGGGAGCUGUUAACUUGGGCUUCUACCUCUUCCAUCAUUCAGAAAAGAAUAUCUUACAUGAGGAGGAAGGCAGAGAACUGUUUGGACUUGGAAUCAUUAUAGUAUGGCUGAGUCUUUGUCACAUUUCAACAAAAAAUCCAGUUGGUGGAAGAACUCAAUUGAUUGUUACUAUUGCUAUUUCUCUUUGCCCAUUUAUCACAUGGUUCUACAUAUAUGUAAACAAAGAGAUGCAUUCCACUUGGCCAAUACAUUGCAAGACAGCUAUUUAAAUGAAUGUUAUCAUUCUUUUCAUAAAAGUAAUAUUUUCACAAUUCAUAUUUGUCACAUUAUAUUUGAUUACAAGCUAGUCAAUUAAAUACUUAUUUCAUGAUUUAGGAUAUACUAGUAAAGGGUUUUGAUCCAAGAGCUUUUUAAGAAUGAAUGACUAUAAUGUAGUCUAAGAUUAUAUAGGAAUAAGUCAUUAGAAAUCUUUUUUUUUAAAGAGAAAGUGCUAUGGCAUAGUGGAAAGAAUACUAAUCUGAGUCAUGGGAUUUGACUUUUACUCUGUCUGCACUAUUAUUCUUUACCUGUGAAACAAGUAAUUUAUCUUCUCUAGGACUAUUUCUUCAUUUUUAAUACGGCAAAAAUAUUACUGCACUAUUCACAAAGUUACAAAGUUGUGAAGAAAGCUGUGUUACUUGGCAGCUAGUCAACUUCUUGUUUAUUUCCUCAUCUAAAAAUGGAAGUACUUCCCCUAUCUACCUCAUAAAAUUAUUUUGAUGAUUAAAUAAGGUAAUAUGUGGGAAUUCAAAAGUAUAAAAGUAUUACAAACCUGGGGUAUUAUUAUUACUACUUGGGGGGGGGGGGUUGAAAUUUAAAGAGCAUGUUUAGUGCUUUAGUGAGAAGGCUAAAAGGAAGGGAAAAUGGCUCAGAUAUAUUUCCAAGACAAGAAACAGAAAGUCAAAUUUAUGAAUAGUUCACCUUUGAACUAGUAUAAAAUAGAAGGAGCUCAGGUAUUCAUUAUAAUCUUUACAGGCAACAAAGAAAUGUAUAUUCUGGAAAGGUAAGAAGAAAGGAAGUUUGAUAUGAUGGGGAAAUGUGGGGGCAGAUCAGGAAAUAGGAAAAGGAUUAUCCAGCACGUUAAAGGAGAAACAGACUGAAGUCUGGUCUUGAGUUUUUGUUUAGAAAAAAAUUUAAAUGAGAUAAAGAUGCAGUUUUUUAAGAUUUUCCUAGGAUACAGAGAUUUAAAAAAUUAUAUAGAAUAUAGUCCCUAUAUUCUCAAGGUAUUUAUAACAUGAUAAACAAUAUGAUGUAGUGAAAAGAGCACUUAAAUUGGAAUCACGUCUUGGGUUCAAAUCACUUAAGAAAACAGGUUAUCUGCAGGAUAGAAAAAGAGAAUAGAUUAAGAGCUGAAAAACAUUAAGAGAUCAUCUAGUCUGAUUUUAUUUAGGAGCCUGAGCCCAGUGAAGUUAAGUGACUUGCUUAAACCCACAGAGGAAGUAGCAGAGACAAAUUCCCCAUAUCCUCAGUUACCAAUCCAGCAUCUGUUCCACUAUCCCAAGCCUUAGGUUUUAUGGAAAGUGCUUUGUAAAAUUUAAAGCUGAGUUUGGGAGCAGUAGUCAAAAAACAAUCAUUCAUAUAUAUAUAUAUAUGUAUAUAUACACACACAAGAUGAACCUUAAAAUCUUAUGCUUUGGUUAGUAAAGCGUUCUCUGCUUUUUUCAAAGUGGAAAAUAUUUUACUAUUGUUUGUAACAUCUUAUAAAGACAAAAUUUCAAUCUUAAUAGUUUUCCUUUCACCCUUGCAGUUACCUUCAAUCUUUCCUGCUCUACUGGCUAUUUCCCUACUGCCUAUAAAUAUACCUCUAUUUUCUUCAUCCUUACUUGAUUCAUUUAUUCCCAUUAGCAAUUUUUCCAUAUCCCUCCUGCCUUUUAUAGUUAAACUGCUUGAGAAAGCCAUCUAGAAAAGAUGCCACUUCCUUUCUCUCACUUGCUUACCUUUAUAGUCUGAUUUCAACCUCUCACUCACUUUAUUUUUUACUCUGCAAUCUGGUUCCAACUUAAUUGUUCAAUCAAAAUGUUCUCAUCAAAGUUAUUAAUAUCUUAAUUGUCAAAUCUAAUGACCUUUAUCAGUCCUCAUAUUGGAAUAUAGUAGAUGUUUAAGAAAUGUUUGACUGACUGGUUGGCAGAUAAAGAAUUAUGUUUGACAAUAUCAUAAAUGAUGUGUCAUAUUUUGAGAAACUUUGCACCAAAAAAAAACAAGCUUACUCUUCACAACAAUGGUACCUUAAUAAAAUGUAAUCUUGAUAAUGAGA